CUGUCUGCAUCCACGAUGUCAGCCUGUGGGUGGCUUGCUAGCCACGUGCGAGCAGCUUUGUUCCUCGCAGUAUGCUCCAUCGUCUGCGUCGUCAGCGACCCCUUGUGCCAAGAGACAACGCCGUUCCAUUACGAUCAACCUCAGCUGACAUGCUCGGACUUCACCAGCGCCCAAGAACUCGAGACCAACGUACCUGACAGGCCGAAUGGCGACAAGCUAGAGUUCGUUCUGAAGGACAGUCGAUUCGAGUACAAUCCGAGGUCUGUCUUCCAGAAAGUUAAACCGUCGACGCUGGUGUUGAGCAACGUGACGGUGCGAAGCUACAGGACCCCCAAUUCGGAGGCGUCCGUGUUCGCUGAGCUUCGAGACACCCUGGAGAAGCUGGUCUUCCACAAGAACAGCAGCCUGCCGAAUUCGUGGAGCUUGCUCAAGGAUAACCGACUGCUCGCUGAGCUGCUACUGUUCAGGAUGGCCUCGCUUAGACUGGGACAGGACUUCAACGAGUUGCCGGCCAGAGUCAGGGACGUGGCCGUUGUCCAAAGUACGCUCUCAGGCGUGGACGCCCGUUGGCUGUCCUCCAUGAGCAACCUAGAGAGCCUCCGCAUUGACAAGGUCGAUUUGGAGAAGCUCGAAAGAUCAAUGCUGCCGAGACCCGCUUCUAAGCUGAAGUAUCUUACAAUAGCUGGCACAGACUUGUCGGCGCUACCUGAAGACUUCGCACAAGACAUGCCAUCUCUGGAGAAACUCAACCUGAGAAGGAACAAGUUCACCACUUUUCAAGAGGCCGCGUUGGCGCCUUUCAAAAGCCGCAAUGUCAUCGUCGAACUCGAAGGAUUCCUGGGCGAACACCGGGCAUCGAUGCUCGAGUUCAACAACGUCACCCUCGGGUCGUUUCUGGAGCCCGGCUCUAACCGCAGCCUUUUCUCCGGCCUGGAGCCGUCGCUGAAGCGGGUCACCUUUACGCUCGGCAGCACCCUGCCUAGCACGUGGGCCACUCUGCGACCGCUGGGGAGGCUCGAGGAACUGGUCUUCUUCGAGAUGACGGCCCUCAACCUGACGCGCGACUUCAACGAGCUGCCCGCAGGUUUGCGCAAGGUGGUGAUAAUACGCACAGGAGUGGGCAACGUCGAUAACGACUGGAUGUCUUCGCUGCUGAACCUUGAGAACUUGCGAAUUCAGAGCAGCACGCUGGACAGGUUCGCCAGAAGCAUGCUGCCCAGGCCCGCGCCAAGGCUGCGCAAGCUCACCAUCGGGGACAGCUCUCUGACGUCACUGCCGGAAGAUUUCGGUGCCGACUUUCCCGUCCUGAAGCAAGUGAACCUCCGUCAGAACCUGAUAAGCAGCUUCAGCGAGCAGAGCCUGGUGCCACUGAAAAAUAGCAACGCCACUGUUGUGCUGUCCGGGAAUCCGGUGCACUGCGACUGCAAGGUGUCCUUUCUGCUCGGCUAUCCUGAUUCGUGGACGUACCCGGAGUGCGACUUGCCAGAACCGCUCAGCGGGGUUCCCCUCAGGGUUCUGACCGCGGAGAAGCUCGGUUGCACUGAACAGAAGCAGCCCUGAGAAAUUCAACUGAACCGAACACCCCCUUCACAGAUGACAUAUUAAAGACGGUUUCAAGCGGCA